GUACUUAAGAUGGCUGCUUGACUGCCUCGGUUAGGUUACAAUGGUUACAUCCGUCGAUCCGUGCCCACUCCUCAGUGAAUCGCACUCCGCCAUCGGUCUCUCCUGUUAUUCUUUAUUACUCUGCAGUUUGCACUUACCUAUAUACGCUUAUGAUAUAAGUAAACCAUGUGCCUGAUUUGCCAUCAAGAAGUUGAAGUUAAAAAAUUCAAAAAAUAUUUAAUUUUUAAAUAAUAUAUAUAAUAAAAAAUUUUUAUGUACAUACGCAAGUAUCAAAAAUGCAAAUGAAAGAAAACUCUAAUUUUAUGGACACGAGUGUUAACAUUAUUGAACUGGACGAUUCACCUGUGAAGAGAAAAGGUCGUAGAAAUAUGAUUGUGAAGGGGAAAGAUAACGGAAAUAUGAUUGUGAAGAGAAAAGGUGGUGGAAGCAUAAUUGAUCAACGGCCAUUAUUUUCUAACGAUGGAGAAACUCUUCACAUAGUAUGGAAGAAUGUGAUAAGGGUAUACAGCACACAAACAGGAGACUUUGUGCGAGAGUUUGAACCUUUGGAUUAUAGAAUUGCCGGGAUAAUAGGGUAUCCUGAUAAUGCCAGUGUUAUUAUUGGUUGCACUGAAAAUGGCGAAUUAGAUUUCUGGAAUUGCCAAAGUGGCAUUAUCACAAAGAAAUUACAUUUAAAAUCUUUAGUAGAGAGCAAGGCAAAAAUUAAAACUUUCCACAUUGUGAAAUACAGAACUGCUCAGGGAAACGAGAUAUGCCAAACGCUAAUAACCUAUUUCUCUAAUUGUGGAAAUAAGAUAUAUGUACUUUUAUUUGACAUAGAAACUGGAGUGUGCAUUAAGUCUAUAUAUAUCUACACCAAAACACAUGAAUAUUAUAUUGAUAUAAUUGGGAAUUAUGGAGAGAAUUUAAUAGCACUUUUACAUGACACAGAUUUACACAUAUUAAAUCCAGCUAGAAAUUUAGUCGAUAAAAUACACAAGACUGGUAAAACUGGUAGAUUACCUACUUGCAUAGCGGGGCAUCCAGAAGAUGAGUGUGUUGCCACAGGAGAUUCUACAGGCCGUGUGCUAGUAUGGAGAAAUUUAUUCCAGUCUAGACCAUAUACAGCUGUUUUUCACUGGCAUACAUUACCAGUUACAGAAAUAGUGUUUAGUAAAUCAGGUGGUCAUAUGUAUACAGGUGGUGGUGAAUGUGUAUUGGUAAAAUGGACUUUAGCAAAUCCCCAACAUAAGUCAUUUCUUCCACGCCUACCGGCGCCUGUUAAACAUUUAACUAUUGCACCAGAUAAUUUAUAUGUUGCCGUUUCGACUUUAGAUAAUGGUAUUGUUGUUGUAAAUCCUCAAAGAAAAUUGACCUCGGUGAUACAAAAUUUUACAUGGGGUGUUGCUUCGUCAUCCAAAGAUUUAUUUCCUGCGGGGCUUAUUAUUGAUCCGAGAACAGGUAGUCUCGUUCUAAAUAGUCGUACUGGACACGUACAAUUUUACAACACUCAUACAAAAAACCUAUUGUACAAUAUUAAUAUAACUGCUCAAAAUUUCCUAACUCAAGAACGCGAUGUAAUUAUUGUAAAUACCGAAGUUACAAAAAUAGCUUUGAAUCAUGAUGGUACAUGGAUGGCAACGGUCGAAGAACGAAAUGACAAAGCUUCAUCUAUAGAAGUUAGAUUAAAAUUUUGGCUCUACGAUCUGAAGAAACAAAUAUUUGUAUUAAAUACUUCUAUUGAAUUACCUCAUGAGAAUGGAAUAAAUGCAUUAAAUUUUCAACCAGAUACAAUAUUUGAUGACGGAGAAUGGUUAGCGGUUACCACUGGAAAAGAUAAUAAAUUUAAAUUAUGGAAUUUGGGAAAAUCUUCCAUUGUAGAUAACAAAGAGAUAAAACAUUGGUAUUGUUAUGGAGUAGGAGACUAUCACAAUCUAGCUGCUUCAGAUGCGAGUUUUUCAGUGGAUGGUUCGUUAUUAGCUAUUGGUUUUAAUUCUACCUUAACUUUGUGGAUACCCGAAACUUGCGAGUUAAAAUCCAGUCUUACACAUUCUCAAUAUAACCAUCCAAUAACACGAAUAGAAUUUGGCAAACAGGAGGCCUGUCAUCUUGUUGUAGUUGUGUCUCAGCAGCACAUAACAGCUUGGAAUAUUUUAACUCUUGCUAUAGCGUGGAGCGUACCUUUGAAUGUCGUGAGUCUCGCAUGUGACCUAAAAUCUACAUACAUGGCAGCAUUUACAUCUGACAAUUCAUUAUACGUGUUUACACCACAAAGUCCAACACUUGUUUAUAAGAAAACAUGCCUUAUCGAAAAUACCAGUUUCAUAUUAGCAGCUGCUUUUGUACCUCAUCUACAGGAAAAACGUAAUUCCUUUAGCCAAUGGCAACGAAAGUCGCAGUUAUUUUUUUUGGAUUCGAAUCAAGAAUUACUGACACUGGAGCCAGAAUCCGAAGCGAGUGUUUCUUUAGAAAUUAUUUUAGAUAAAGGAACCAUGCCAUUGCCGACCGCCUUCUCCAACUUUAUAGCGGCUCAAACGUCUUCAAGCAAAGAGAAGACUGUUGCGCAAGUUCAUGAACAUCUUGGCACAUCAAAAGGAAUGAUACAAGAAUUACUUAGCGUGUCCGCUCACACUUUGCCACCAAUGAGACUGUUGUGCUCAUCAUUUAUUACGUCGCUAGCGGGACAACAAUCCUUAAGGAAUUAUUCCAGAAAUGCCGAAAAUCUUAGAGACAGUGAUGAUGAUGCUCAAGAUAAUAUUUCAGUUGUAAGCGAUAACGAGGUACUACCACCGAUCAAACCCGCGGUUACGCCGACGAACGAGAUGGAGGAUAUGGACGACGAUGCAAACGCACAACUUAUUAAUCACGAUUGGUUUUUCCUAUCCACUAUAUUUCCUGAUCAAGAUAAUAUUUCCUGAUUCGUGUGAAAGUUGCUGUGCAAAUUAUAAUGGUAAGAUAAUAAAAUUAUCAAUUUAGUGAACGCAUAACUUCCUUAUAAACUGAAAUAUAUAAGAAAUGUACAAAGUACGUUGAUAUAAUAUUAAUAAAAAAUUUGAUACGUCUUAA